AUGUCCCUAUCAGAUUCAUCUGCGCUCUCAUCUGCGCCUCCUUCAGAGGAUGAAUUGUCCCUUCCCUCUGACGAUGAGAGACGCUUGAGCUCGUCUUCAAGCAAUAAUGUCAAACGCGCCUCAUCUCCUCUCGAAAGUCCGCCGCCGCAGCGGAAGCGGGAACCUUCGCCGCCCCAUGAAUAUGUCCUCGCAGACAAUCCAGACAUUGCAUUCCUUGUUAUGUUCCGAUCGCGUUUCAACGAAGCUUUCCCCAAGAAUCUCUCGCACUUUGGCCCCCAAGAUAUUGAAAGGGGUGUGGUAGAUUCCGUCCCUUCACCACAAGUUGAAAAUCUCCUUUGCGCGCUGUUAGGAUUGGUUCUAAACCGAAAGAAGAAUGUUGAGCGAGGGCACCAUCAGAGGGCUUUAGAGGAAGCUCUUCAGACGCAAAAAUACCAAUGGCCGCGAACGUGGAAUGGUGCCAAUCCUUUGUCUGGCGGAAAGACCUUCACCGCAAUGACACCCACUGAACGUCUUAACCUUCUCAAAACCCUUGUUCUUUGGGCUCUUUCUUCUUCCGAUGCUAUACAAACAAUUAUCAAGGAUUCAUACAAGCAGGCACGACAUGAGGACGACCUCAACCAACCACUUUCAGUGCAGCCAUGGGGUCGAGAUGGUGACAAACGCCGCUAUUGGCUCAUUGAAGGACAAGAUGACACAUCUUUCCGACUAUAUCGAGAGAGCAAUCCUGCACUCAAGACAAAUACCUGGUGGAGCGUUGCCGGAAGCAUUGAUGAACUGAAGCUCAUCGCGGAAAAAUUGAGUCUGGAAGGCACUCAAGCAGCACGGCGCUUGAGCGAUAGGAUACUGGCAGCGAUUCCAAGAUUCGAGGCGACAGAAGAAAAACGAAAGCGCCGAGAAUACAGAAACGCACGAAAGGCACAAUUCACGCGCCCGGAGCCAGGUCAUUCUCUUUACGAAGGACGAACUCGUGGCAAGCGGAUAAAGUAUACGUUUUCGGAUGAGGAAGAUGAUUAUUCAGAUGUGACCUCCACUCGCCGUUCAACGCGCCAGUCAGGGGCUUCGACGCCGGCUGAAUUAAGUGGUCCUGUAUACACUGCAAGUGGCCGACAAGUGAGAUCGCGCGCUGGAGGUGCCUAUGGGAUCUCUGCGCUCACCAAUGAGCGGCCCAGUAAUGAGAAUUCAGCGCGUGAAAGUGUGGAUGUCAUGGAUGAUCCAGAGGAAGCUAUUCGGGGCUCAGGUACUCGGACAAGGCGCUCCGGCCUGAGAACUGAAAUCAACGGGCAGCCUUCGCUUGAGAAACGCGAGGCGGGGUAUGAUUCCAUGGAUGAAACCGAAGAAUCUAGUGGCAAUGAGUGGAACGGAGAGGAUGAAGACGACGACGAUGCUGAUGUUAAUGCCGACGAGGACGAGGAAGAGGAGGGCGAUGAAGAAGAUGGUGGUGAGAACGAUGAGCUAAUGUCCAAAGGAGACCAGAGUCUUGUCGUGCAAUUGAAGUAUAACAAGUCCGAGCCUGAUGCUGAUUUUGCGAAACCAAGCAUCCCAGUGAGCGCGCCUUUGAAGCAGCCUCCUGGCUCCGCAGAAGAGAAGGAGUCGCGAAAUGGUCAAGUCCAGGCCCCAGCCAAGGAAGAAUCUUUCACAGCCAUGCCGUUGGAACCGAACCAUACACCUUUGGCUACAGCGGCAGCCAGAUCUGAGCUCAAGUCAGAGGAGCCAAUUUCCACGACCACGGCUCUGAACCAUCUUCCAUCUUCAAAUACGACGUAA